AUCGAGGUUUCUUAUUUCUUUCACUGCCCUCGCGACACAGCGAAAACUCUUUGUGAUAUGAUCUUAAAAUAUGAGCAAUUUCCGACACUAAUCCCCCGGUUGUAGGAUUUUUUUCGCUAAGUUCUUCUGUUUUGGAAAACUGUGAACAGCUGCGCUGAAGAGUUCAAAAUUACAAGGCUUUCCGGACGCAGUUGGACGCGAAAUAAUUCGCUGGAUACGUUGAAAAGGCUUGAUUUAAAAAGUGAUUUGUGAAAUCUCUCAUGAAAAUAGUACGAUCUGUACAUUUUGCAAGGCAGAUUUCGAAAAAUCCGAUAUUAGUUCCGCCAUGGAGACCUCUCGUGUUGUAUUUUGACUGCGGCAGCCAAACCGGAAUCGCCUUAUUGCGUUCGACUCAAAAUUGACGAACGUCGAAAACGCACGCGCGCAAAUUGGUCACGCUUGAUCAAUUUUCGCGGCUUCGUUUCCCACGUGGGCGUGCAUUUGUCGGCUCGCAAACAGACUGUUCCCACCUACUAGGCAUUUGGUUGGCUCGGAAGUGGCUUGUGGCUGCGUGAAUUUGCGUUCGAUCAACGACAAGCCUGUCUGACACUCGCUACUGAUAUCGCUUGGAAGUCGCUCGCAGCUUCAGGCAGAGUCAACUUUGCACCGUUGCGCCUUAGAAUUGGCGGCGUAAUUCGAAGCGGUGAUCGAAAUUCGCCAGUUUACUUGUUAAAUGUUAUUGAUGUCACGGAUUGUUGCUCGUGUAUUUUUUUUUCACGACGCUCUGCGACUUGUCUAGUGAUUAGCUAUGGAAAGUAACGUCGAGCGACCGACAACGCCGGGAACGAAAAGCGAAGCUGGCGAGAAACGAUCAGGCGAUUUUGAAGAUGUUGUCCCCAGAAAGAAGCGGCGAAGAUGCGGUGCUUGUGAGCCUUGUUUGAGAAAAGUAAAUUGUGGGGAGUGCAGCAAUUGUGUCAAUAGAAAAACUGGUCAUCAGAUAUGCAAGUUCCGUAAAUGUAUUGAACUGCGAAAGAAAACGACAAGCAACGUUGGCAAACGCGAAGGGGCUCAGCUGCGAACGGCUUUGAACGAGGAGGACGACGUAGGUGACAAAUCGCGUCUCGUGAGCUGUGAAGUCGACGAACCCGAUAAGCGAACUGGCGGUGAGGGUGGCGAGAGACAGAUUAUCAACGAUUCCGUUCAAGGCGAAUGUAAACCGCAAAAACCAGAGUCGCCAGGGGCAAUUCAUGCCCAAGAAAACACUGAAGUUACUCAGCUGCAAAACACAGAAAUCAGCGCUGCCGACGAACUCCCUAAAGACCAUCAUGAGAAUAAAACAGCAAGCGGUGAUGUCCACUCCACUCGCUCAACCGAGCCGGGCGCUGAAAAGCCUUUGACGAACUGCAAGAUAGCGGUUUCCCGCAGUGAAAGCGAUUUUGAACCCCCUCCGUGCAACUGCCCAGUUUCAGGAAAAGAUGACAGUCCUUAUUAUACCUACCUGGGAGCUGCACCGAAUGUGAAUGUUCUGCGGAAUCUCUUGGAAGAAAGGUUUGGUGUAAACGGAUCUGCUUUGAGAAUUGAACUGAUUGGUUACACGGGGAAAGAGGGAAAAAAUCAUCUUGGUUGUCCCAUAGCGAGAUGGGUUAUUCGUCGUUCUAGUGACCAGGAGAAGAUUUUGGUCAUUGCGCGGAAGCGUACUGACCACGUGUGCGACUCGACAUUGACUGUGGUGAACAUUGUAUUAUGGGAAGGUAUAACCCAGGAGCGCGCGGAUUAUCUCUAUAAAGCACUAAACACCAUGUUGCCUCAACAUGGCGUUCCUACGGCGAGACGAUGUGGAAUCAAUGAGACCAAAUCAUGUGCCUGCCAGGGAGUUAAUGAAGAAACUUGCGGUGCCUCUUUUUCAUUCGGCUGCUCCUGGAGCAUGUACUUCAAUGGUUGCAAGUUCACUCGUAGCAAAACGCCGAGGAAAUUUAAACUGCUCGAUUCUUCUAAGGAAGAAGAGUUGGAAAACGUGAUGCAGACAUUAGCGACAGAUUUAUCCACCGUAUACGAGAAAUACGCACCGCAAGCUUUCCAGAACCAGGUUAAAGGAGAAAGAGAAGGACUGGAAUGCCGUAUUGGAAACAAUGAGAGACGGCCCUUUUCUGGUGUCACGUGUUGCAUGGAUUUCUGUGCACAUAGCCACAAGGACUCCAGGAAUAUGGACGGUGGAGCAACACUGGUGUGCUCGCUUCUGAAGCCAGAGGCGAUUUCAUCAGACGAAGAACAACUUCAUGUUUUGCCGUUGUACCGCUUGCUGGACAAGGAUGGUGCACCUGUGCGGCCCAAUUACGUCAUGCCCGGUCACUUCCUUGAACCUCCUAUGGGUGUCUCCCCAGGCUACACCACGGUGACAGGACAAGAGAAUUCCCCAAAGGCCAGCAAGGCAGUGAAUAACCACGAUCCACAGCUUAAAGAAGGACGUAAAGAAGUCUUUCAAGAUCUGAAAAACAACAACAAAACUAGCAGCGGAUCAUAUGUACCCUUCGACGGACAUAGCAUUCCUCACGGACAUGCGCAGUCGAUGCAUGGCUUUCCAAAUUCGGUGAUUCACCACCAUGCUUCCUCUAAUCAGAUGAUGAACAAUUGUUUUAACGGGCACUAUCCCCACCCCCAUGGGUCCCCACUGUUUCAGUUUCACCCGCAUCUUGGUAACAACUAUGUUCUGAACCACUGCCGUGCGCCCGAGGUGCACUGGGUAGACGAAAACCGUAUUCCAUAUUUGUAUCGAAAUCCGGGACACUUGAAUCACUUUCACAACUCCAGUAACAAUUUCGACAAUUAUGGUAACUAUGGUAAUGAUACAAAGGUGCCUCUUAUAGGUGGCACCUGGAAUUGUCGAAUGCCUUUCGGUAAGACGUUUCCAAUGAACAAUACACCGUCAAACAGAGGGGUCGAGUAUGCAAAACCAAAGACUGUCAUUCACCACUACAAUGGUACGCCUAGUGAUGCCGUUAGGGGGCCUUCUCAGAUCAAGUGGGUUGAUGAUAAAGAGGUGCCUCUCAUGAGAGCCUCGAGUAGUGUGUCAUUGGAUGAAAACGCCAACAUUAAAGAGAUCGAAAAUCGCAAAAGCGUUGAAAGAAAAGAUGUGAUCAGCUCGGAACAAGCACGGAAACCAUUCAUUGUUGGCGAUAAUAUGGGAGGAGUGGCCAUCGCUCUUACUCAUGGGUCUCUUCUCAUUGAGGUAGCCAAGAAAGAACUUCAUGCAACCACACCUCUUAAGAACCCCCAACGACAGAAUCCCACUCGGAUAAGCUUGGUGUUUUAUCAGCACAAACACAUGAACCUCGCUCAGCACGGCUUGGGCGAAUGGGAGCAGAAAGUGGCUCGAAAGAAGUUGGAAGGAGAGGUAGCCAGCAUGGAAGUGGAUGGAACGGUGAAGGACGCAUCUGUAGACCUUAAAGAAGAAGACAGAGAGUUGGGCUACCUAGACAUGCUUGCGGAAACAGCUCUUUCCAGAGCGGACAUAGAUCCAAGUGUUACAAACAAGCACAAUUCUAGCCCAGGUCGCUCUUUAGAGCUGGCCUCGGUGAAUCACACUGUUCUUUCACAAAAUGGCGCGGACAGUCCGUCAGAAGGUGUAAUAAGAGGACGAAACGACUUAAAUGCUUCAAAGUUUCCUCAACGAAUAGAAGCAGAUUUCCACGGUGCGAAAGAUACCGCGAAAGAAAUUCUAUCUAACUUGUCUACCACCAAACCAGAGCAAUAUAGCCAAAUGCGUAAUGGAACUGAGUUCGCUCCCGAACGGCCUCGUCAGGGACAGAUGGGAGUAAAUUCAGUGAACAUUCCACAAAGUAAUAAGCAUCAGAACAAGGAAAUCUCUUCCAACCCUCGGCAGCAAAUCUGGGGACCAAUGCUUCACGUUCAUCAAAACAGCGAAGGGCCCAAACGUUCGAUAUUUUCUUCAAAUGCGUCUGCGCAUAAUACAAGUAGAAUAGAACCAAAUAAAGUUUUACCUGUUCGAAACGCCGGCGCGAACCACCGAGAGCCAUCGCAGGGUGAAGGACUCAAACUAUUCUCCCCUUCCAAUGGAAUAAUUCCUGAAAGAAUUGUAAAUUCUGAUAGUAGGGGAUUAGAUGUUGUGGCAGAACCAUCGUCGGCCAAACCGCCAGAGGAACGCCCUAACACCGGUACCAACUUCAGUGUCUCGAGGCUUCUAGGAGAUGACAAUAACAACAAGGGUGAGAAAUCCACCACAGGUUCUUCGUCAUCGUAUAGAAUAAGCAGCAUUCUGGGGGACGAGAAAACAACCUCCAGUGCACAAGGUGAAAGUGAUCCAGACAUGACUCGUCAAGUCCCUUCUCACGUUCGGUCAUCUGAGAAGGAUCCUGAUGUCCUUGCAAGGCACCAUUCGGUCUCCGAGCCCACAUUUCAGUCACCCAAUGUCCCAAUGUCGCCAAGGUUCCCAUUUUUGCCCCCAUUUGCUCAUUCUGCAGGGAUCAGAGAGAAGCUUUCCGCUGGGCCGGAAAGAUCCUACCUUGACCUCUCUGUUGCGGCCAAUCGUCUGUUCGGCUACAGUCCUUACAAGUUCGGUGUUCCUUUUCCAACAUAUCCCAGUUUUUUCAUGCCUCCGUUUCAUCCACUUCUAACUUCUGGAAAUGGCCUUUCGUCAAACCUUGCUUUAGUUAAUUCGCAGAAUUAUUUGUCUUCUUUUAUGGACUCCACUAAACGGAUAGGAGAUAUGAAUGGCAUGGCUCUAGACCCUGCUUCACUGACCACCAUUUCCACCGCGACGCGGACUGGGGUUAGUUAUCCAAUAGACACUCUUAUCACUGUGGCACCCUACACACAGACUUGUGUCACGGGGCACUACCAGAAUUGGCUCUGAUCACAACUUUGCUACAGGAAACCUUUUAAACCUCUUCUGAGCUUGUGUAAUGGCAACAGAAGCUCGAAUCUGGAGGAAAAAAUGUUUCUCAUUUGGCAAAACAUAAUACCAAGAAAAUCUAGGGUAUUGUAAGUCGUACCUACAGCUAUAAAUUCCUCGCAAGGCUGUGUAAAUGACGACCUGAUUAAGUUCUCACCUGCUAGAUGAGAGAUAUCGCAGAAAUCCAUAAAUCCCUAAGGAUAUUAGAGAUUUGAGUCUAAGUUAGGUUUCAAAACCAGAUUCUUUAGUGGUGAACAAUUAUCGUUUGUUUCACUAUGUAGUUAGUCUCUACCGAUGCAAGUCACGAAGUUUCGACAGACUGCAUGCUACUAGCAUUAUUUAGGCGACGAGGUCGACUCGAUACGCAUUCUCUCAGGAAUCAGUUUGCUUAGCUAUGAUUAGCUAAUUUUUUUUUUUUUUUGGGUCAUAAGGUUGCGCGUAUCCUUUCGACCCCCCGUGAUCACUAUCUAUUUCUGACUUGAAUGCAGUUUGAGCAAAUUACCAACCAAAGCCUUUUUCUGGGAUUUUGAUAUGGUUUAAAUUUCUUUCCACUUUUCUCAAGCAAAAGCAAGAGAUAAAGUGCAAGGUGUCACCAAUGGGCCUAACGAAUAUGGGAUAUGAUUGUGAUUUAUCCGUGACGAUUUUGGCUCUAACACUGGAGCCACUGCAAAUCUGAUGUUUAUCUGCUCUGAGAACAAGUGAUGGCAAAUCCAAAAUAGAUUUACAAAGAUUGGCAUCCUACUCUGUAAAAGGGCGCAAUUUAGGUUAUAAAGCCGAUACAGAGUUUUCUUCUCUAAAGUGCAUGUAGUUUAUUGUGGAUGGCUCUAUGAAACUGAGUUAUUUGUCAGUGUUUUUAUUGAUCCCAUUUUCCUGUGUUUGAGUAUUUAAUUUCAAAAAUCUUAUUUCAUUAACAAGCAAAAGUUUUGCAAACGUUGUACAGUUCAACUUCUAUCGGAACAGCUACCUUAGAAGGUAAUAAUCAAAGCGUAAUUUUUUUAUCUAUGAUUUCAAGAUAAACGGUUAACAUGGAUUGCAACGGCAGCCUUGUACCAAGGUUUACUUCGUUUUAGGAGCUGCAGAAAAGUAGCAGUUUACAUAUCGAAUGACAGUUUUAUCCCAUAAUAGUGGUUUUUUUUAGUGUGGCAGAGUAAUCGUACUGACGAGACAUCCUGUAUAGCGCCUACCUUAUUGCAACAAAGAUGCAUCUCUAAUGGAUUUAUAAUGUAACUGUAUUUAUCUGUAAAUGCCAUUUGCGAGCAGAUUUUGAUAUUGCAGAGGGCAAGCGUUAUGUCACGCAGUGUAAUUUUUAAUUAGUCACGCAAGGGCUGUAUUGGUUGUCACGUAAAGAUAAAUUUUAUGGUAAAAACAGCGGCGUGCUGGAAAGCUGAUAAUCAACUUUAGUUUUCGAGAUUUUAAGCGGGUAUUCUUAACCAAUAGAUUUAAAAUUAUGUAAAAAAUUCAUUUUAUUUGGAUGAUAUUAGUGCACCACAAAUAAGCAGUGUUUAUAUGAUUAUAAAAUCAACUUAGUUUUAGAACUGAUAGCAGUAAAAUCAAUAUUACGGGGACAUAUAUACCAUUUAAGUAGGAGUGAACUGAAAACAAAAAAUACAACCUUUUUAUUGUCAAA